AUGUCGAACUCGCCAAUUGAUGCCCCUCGGAGACACACCCCACAGUUGCACUUGCAUACGAGCAACAGCAACAGCAAGAGGACCAUGGAUAUUACAAAAUUCGUCACCGACUACCGCGAGUCGGCCUUUCUCGUGGGCGACUACAAUACCUACCGCGAUCAGCUUUCGCGCCGUCUCCGGAUUGUGAACAGGAAGCUCGGCCGGGCCACGCCCAAGAAUGCCAAAUAUGCUGCAAAAGCGCCUGUGACUGCCGAGGAUAUCAGCAAGAACAAAGAGGCUCUCCAUGUUCUCUUGCUCAGCUCGGAGCGGGCAUGGGCGCAAGCCAUGGCCAUGAAGGCCUCGCACUCUGAAGACAAGGCCGACAAGAACAUUACUGGCUCUACCCGCCGACACAUUGUCUCUCGCCUCCAGAAGGCUGUUCAACAUGCAAAGCAAAUGGUCGACCUGGUUUCCGACACGAGCGCAAGCGGGGCAACCGAGAUGGAUGUGCUCGAAGCACGGGCAUAUGCGUAUGCACUGGCUGGAGCACAGGAAUUUGAGAAGCAGGCUGAAGGCACAAAGAGCAAGAAUGCAAAAUCGGACCGCUGGGCUACGUGUCUCAAAAACUACUCGGUCGCGCGCGUAAUCUAUAGCUGCUUGUUGAAGGCGACCAAGAAGGAUCUGUUCAAAGACGUCCUUGCUGGCACCAUCGACCCGAGCAUACGCUAUGCUGCCUACCAGAGUCGCAUCCCACGAACUGUGGGUGUCCCCGCUGUCGCAAUCAAGUACUUCCCCCAGGAUGAAGCAGAGCUCGUGCAAGCUGUGAAGAACGUCGACCCAGCAGCCCUACAGGAGGAAGAAGCAGUCUCCUCUCACUCACACAUCACAUGGCGCGGCCGCACAGCAAACGUAGUGGAUGCUGCAAUUGGCCAGGCUCUGGCAUCCGUUGAUACCGCCUCGGCCGCCCUAGACCAGUCCACCAGCUCCUCCACGUCUCCCAAAGACCGGGCCAACGCAUAUGAUGACAUUCUCAUCGCAAGCCAGGACGCCGUCGAUGCGACGCGAAGGGCCAUCGAAGAGCUCGAGAAGGAAGGCGUCGACGAGGGCGAUGCGCGCAUGCAGGAUCUCCGCGUGACGAACCUCGCAGUCAACUACGACCUCAUAUCAUGGAGAGUAGGGCGCAACCGAGUGCUCAUUGGCAAGGACGAUGGCCUCACAUUCCCUGCAAACCCACCACAAAAACCCCGGCGGCAACGCAAAGACGGCAAAGAAUGGGCAGAACGCGAGGAGCCCACUGGGCGCAAGCUCGCACGGUUACGGGAGCGCAUUGCUUUGUACGAUGCUAUCCUGCAAAGCAUUGACUCUGUCAAAGAUCUUAGAGGAGCGGCUCGCGACACUGCCUUUGUAGCUGAGCUAGACGGACAGCGCACAUACUUCCAGGCGCUCAAGUGCCUGAACCUGUCGCACUCGUAUGCUUUCCUGUCGACACCAAAGCAAGCAUUGGCGCUCUGCAACAGGGCCCUAUCACUAGCAGCUCAGGCAGCAUCUGCCCCACGGUCUGAUCCGUCUCCAAGCUCCAAAGCACCCAAGCUGGAGGUAUCCGCAGAGCAGACACAAACGCUCAAGACCAGCCUAGAGAAUCUCAAUUCCCAUUACCGAGGCGUGGUGGCACUUUCUCAACUGUUUGCCAACUCGGAUACUGCAUCCAAGGCUGGACUGGCCAACGCGGCGCCUGUUGUAGAGAGGCUCAACGAAUACCCGUCGUCAGGCUCAGUCGACCUGAAAAACCUAGUCACAUGGCCUCCAAAGCUCAAGCCUGUGCCCGUCAAGCCUCUAUUCCUAGACGUUGCGUGGAAUUACGUCGAGUACCCUGGACGCGCACCGCAAGUGCAAGAGCCAGAGCCAGAGAAGGCGCCAGUCGAGGAGAAGAAAGAGGAGAAGCCACAGGCCAAGAAGGGCUGGUUCUCGUUUGGUAGAUAG